AUUAAUUUAAAAUGUAAUAAAGAAAAAGAAAAUGCUCUACUCUUUUUAAACGAGUAAAAGAACGGUCAGUUUAGAUGGCUGUAGAAAAGGUUGAAGAAUGGAGGAAGCUAUUCGAAAAUGGCAAAUAUGAUAAUUCAGGAAAUUUAAAAAAACUAACACUCCAAUAAGCGGCUGAAGAAGUUGGAAUUCCUAAAAAAACCUUGGAAGAUUAUCAUUAACUAAUAAAGUAUUUUAUUAUUUAAAUAUGUAGAAAAGCUAAAGAAAUCUAUCCAAUAGAAUAGUUAUAUGAUCAAAAAAUGGGUUACUUGAGAAAGCUCAUUAAAUAGAAAUAAAAAUUUAAAUAAAAUUCUAUAGAAAUAGAAUCUGAAGAUGAGAAUGAAUAUGAUAGUGAUGAUGAUGAAGAUGGAUAAUUUUAAACAUAACAAAAAGACUUUGAUAUAGAGAGGUACUUUGCCCUUGAUGAUGAUCUUCAUUAUUAUGAUCAAAAUUCUCUUGUAAUGAUAGUUCAAAUACCUUAAAUUAUAGAGAUUAGUUAGAAGGAAACUUAUAAUUUUAAAAAAUAUACAGAGAAUUAUGAUUCUAAUUAAGAAACAGAAGAUGAGGAUUUCUGA